AUGUCCCAUGAGUUGUCGGCCGAGAAUCCCGAACUUCCAGAUCAUUUCAUGAUCUCUGGCCAGGAACUGGAUGGCGCAGACUCUUACAAGGAGGGCAGAAUUCAGCAACCCCUUGUCCCGACAUCGGUGUUCAAAAACAUGACAACAACCAAUGAUGCUGGAAAGCAAGAAAACUCAUUUAAUAACACUCUCAUCUUUAUUGAUGAGUCCCAACAACACUUGAGUGGUGGUGCUGGGCCUUCGGAGGGCUAUAUUGCAAAGCGGCACCUCGGACACUCGCAAGGGGCUACGUCGGUAAGCUCUCCUUACAGAGGCUCGCUGAUAAAUUCACCUGCAGUCGGCGCUGCAGGACACAAGAAAACCAAGUCUUUUACCGAGUUUACAGAACUAGACAUCGGGAAGUCGCAAUUAAUGCCUUGUCCGAGCUAUACACAGAAAAGCACGUCGGCGACGUGGCCCUCGUACCCCAAUGUACUUGACAGUCCGCUUACUCCUACACUUUCAUCAUACAGUGAUGACAUUACAAGUCGCUCAAACUGGACUGAAUUUCCCUCUCUUGGGUCUCCUGAUUCCUGGGGGUCUGGUAAGGGUUUCUCUGAAAAUUCACCACCACAGUCUGGGCAUCUAUCGGAGGAGCCAGGAGCGUAUGGUCUUCAGGAGACUCUAAGCAACUCAGAUGUAUAUCCUUGCGGAAAUGGUGCAUUUUAUGGUUAUGAUUCAGGGGCGGCAGAUGAAGACCUGCUGAAGAAUGACGAUGCCAUUACCGUAGUCCUGCUUCCCUCCACAGCGUACAAUUCCGCAAGCGGAGUCGUAGACUUUGGAGAAGAGGCCAUGCCUUGGCAAAUUCGAGACAGGAUGAGUGGCCUAAAUCAAUACUACUAUAAGAACGUGGUUCCAGUAGUGAUACCAUGGGCUCUCGAGCCAUUGCCAGACAUUGAAGCUGCGCAUCGGUCGCAACUCUUGGAAACGGGCUUGCCUCAAAUGCGAAUGGCAGAGUGGGCUCAGUCUGUUUUUCCGGCUCUUAGAGAGUCGUUGCUCGGUGCAUCUUCUUCGAUGCCCAAUGUCACACUGGCCAUGGCGGUCAUGCUCAUUGCCCUGGAAAUCAUGUCUCCCGGUGCAUUCGGCCGGGGCGUUUCGUGGCGCGAGCAUGUUGCCCAUGCGAGAGGUCUCCUUGCCAAAUGUCUGGACCACGGCCCCCAAGACACGAUGGUGGAGGGGAUGUGGUUUAUCCAGAGUUGGUUGGGUUACAUAGACGUCAUGGGCGGUCUUAUGGCAGGGCCGCUUUUGGAUAUGACUUGUAAGUCACAGGUCUACUUCCCACCGUCUGAGACUCGUAGAUGUGCCAAUGACUUGGACGAGAUUGAUUGCAUGAUGGGGAUAUCGGUGAAAUGCGCGCGCUUGCUUGGUCAAGUGGCAGAGUUGGCCAAGCAAUGUCAAGGCGAACGAUUCAGACUGGACGGCCAACUGUUGCAGGGCUGGUGUCCUCAGCCGACCAUGGUGGAACAAGCACUGUUGCUGGAAAAGCACCUGAUGGAGAGUCUGAGGCAAUCUUCAAGACCUUGUCCGCAUGUGAGGGCCGGCAGUAUUCACAUGAGGGACUUGGCGGAAAUGGCCGGUGUGAACGAGGCCUUCCACUGGGCUGGUAUGAUACAUUUGCACCGCAGAGUCCUCGGAAAGGCAACGGACCACCCGGACGUACAAGGAAGUGUGCGGAGGAUUAUGCAGUGUCUCGAGCAGAUUGGAACUCGAGGGGUGGCCAAGACGCGCUAUCUAUUCCCGAUAUUCACGGCAGGCUGCGAGGCCCUCACGGAGCGUCAGCAGACGAAACUCCUGGGCCGGUUAACCAAUGCGGAGAAGAGCGGCAUGAAACAGCAAGUCUGGACGACCGGCAAGGCGUGGGAAGAGCUCAUUUGCAACGAAUUUGUCGCAUGA